AUGUUUCAUUUACGGCGCAUACCGAGGAGUAUUGUGGCGUGUUCACGAUGGAACUCUUCGCAAGUGACACCUUUAGUAUCGAUAGACGUGGACAAUGAAGGAAUAGCAACACUGCAGAUGCAGAGACUACCGGUGAACAGUUUAAACCUGGAAUUAUUUCAGGCGAUAAAAGAUUCAGUCAUUGAAGUUGAAAAAAAUAAAUGCAAAGGCUUGGUUUUCACGUCGGCAAGUCCAACGAUAUUUUCAGCGGGACUCGACCUAAAUGAAUUACACAAACCAGAUGUAAAACGUAUGACUAAGGCGAACGAGUCUUUUUUUGAUGCCUUCAUGAAAUUGUUUGGGUCCGAUGUUAUUACUACAGUUGCGAUCAAUGGUUACACAGCAGCCGGGGCCUUUAUUCUGUGCCUGGCAUUUGAGUACCGCGUUAUGACGACUGGUAAGGCCGUCAUGGGGUUUAAUGACACAGCAAUUGGUAUCCCACCAGCUCCAUGGAUGGGUGAGCUGAUGACCCGAGUGAUGGGGCGUAGACACGCGGAGUUUGCACUCACUAGUUCAUAUAUGUACUCGGCUGAGAAAGCUUUGCAGGUGGGUCUGGUGGAUGAAGUAGCAGCAGAUAAAGAAGACGCAAUUAAGAAAUGCAAGGCUUACAUACGAUUAUACGACCAAAUACCGGUGACUGCCCGAAUUAAAACUAAACGCAACUUCAGACAAGACUACCUAAAGAAAAUCGAACAAAACAAACAACAAUACAUAACUAACUGCAUAAAUACCGUAUCAAGCGCCGAAGUUCAAAAGUUAAUAGACACGUUUAUGGAAAAUUUAAAGAAGAAAAGGUCUGCUAAAGCUAAUAAAGAGGCUUAA